GAGAAGCCUGGCUCCGCACGCGCGCGCGACCUUCCGCCCGCCCUGCUGGCCCUUGCGCGCGGGGCUUGUGCUGCUCGAACUUUGCAGGGGCAUCGUUUGCGCUGUAAUGGGCUGAUAUCUCUGGCUUUCGUGGCGUUGGAGGCUUUCUCUCAGUGCUGUCGUCUUCCAUUCAUUGAUGCUUCUGCUCCUGACGGGUGUGCUUGUUUCUCACUUGCUGGCAUCUACCCAGGGUUCCUCUGGUGGCGGAUCAAUCGCAAACAUGGAUGCAGCCUAUCUUCGCGAGACGGUCGGCGACAUGCUGGUGAAUGCCAUUUCACAGUGUGUGCUGAAGCGGCCCACGGACCCGCUCACGUUUAUCGCCGGAUAUCUUCACAAGCGCGCCGACGAGCAGGAUGCCGUCCGAGCCCUUGAGGAGGCGCAGCGCCGAGAGGAGGAGGCGCAACGCCUCAAAGAGCUCAAGGCCCAGGAGGCAGCAACCCUGCGCGUUCUUGCCAAAGCCCACGGGGAGGACGUUGACGAGGUGGACUACUUGGGCGAGAGCGCCUAUGCCAGCAUGAGCUCAAAGUUUCCGAGCUCCAUCGCCAUGUUCUCUUCUCCGCUGCCGUGCGAGACGCCCACGCCGCUGGAAGCCAUUGCCAAAGCAGACCACCCGCACACGCCGGCCUCUCGCAAGCUUUUUAUCGAGGAAGAUGCCUACUCGGAUCUGUCCAGCCGCUUUCCCUCGACCAUCAGCAUGUUUGUAUAUGCACCCACCCUGAGCGUGCCCGCCGUGCUCAAGUCGAGCCCCGGCAAGACCGAAUCCCUCGUUGAUGCCGUGGCUAGUCAAGGUGCCGAGGACGCCGAGGACGCAUAUGCCACUCUCACCUCCAGCUUUAGUACCACUAUUAACCUCUUUGCUGAAGCGCCCCGCCCAAGCUCUGCCCGUCCAAUCGACAGCGCUGCAACCAAGGUCGCCGAACCUGUUGACUCUUCGGCGCUCUCACCACGGGAUGCCCUCAUUGUGGCCCUGCCCAUUUGCAAAACCAGUGCCGCCACGGAAUCCACGGCCUAG